AAUAUGUCUUGGUACAAAUAAUUAGGAAACUCAGUAAAAGAAUUGAGAUUCGUCUUCUGUUAAACAUGUGGAAGAUCAGAAGGCAUUAGGUAUUCAGAUAAAAUCAAAAUGUAGAAAUCUUGUAUCCAAAAAUUAUUGGCAAUGGAAGGAUGCAAACCCACAAUUCCCAUUUGUUGUUAGAGAGUGCGAAUCUAUUGACCCGUACAUCCUCAUCAGAUACAGUACAAUUUAUAUACUAUAAAGAAUACGGAGUUGAAAAGAAAGCUUUGAUCGGAAAUCUUAAUGAAUCGGAAUUGGAAUAAGUCAUUGGACAAUUGGUUGCGCAAUCCAAUAAAGUGAAUUCAACUAUCUGAUUAGCAAUGUCAUAAUCAAUAUAAUCAAAAAAAUACAAAAUUAAAC